UACAUAACUGAUUAUUAGCCAAAUAAGUAAGAUUAGACAUGGGAACCACUUUUACACAAACAGGUAGAGUUGGAAAUGUGGUUCUAGUAAAGUAUUUUUGCAUAAAUUGUGAUCUCAGAAACAACUUAUGCACAAAUAUAAAUGAUUUGAAUAAAACACAGCAUCUUGAGUUUACAUCAGCAGGGGCCACGGGGCCCCUAAUCUGUGCCUUUUAGGUGACGUAGGGCUCUGUAACCUGAGUCAGAAUGAAAACUCCACGCUGUAUCCGGCGGUCAGUCCAGAUCAGAUGCAGCUCACCAAAGAGGGUGAGGGGGUGCAUGAUGGUUCCCAUUCUACUGCUGCUCAUCACACUCAUGCCGUUUGGCUCAGCGGUGUACACCGGGCCCCUGCAGCCGGAGAUCUCCAACGGCACGUUCCAUCACUUCUUUGUCCCGGACGGAGAUUAUGAAGAGACGGUGGAUCCGGAGCAGUGCCAGAUGUUGUUUAAAUUCUCAGACGUUUAUCCGUGCGGGCACGCGGAGGAGGGGAGCGACGCCGCGGUGCGGGACGACUUCGUCAUCAGCAAACUGCAGGCGGAGGACGCGGCGCGGCUGCUGGAGAGCAUCGGGCGCACCGUGGCGCACGACCUGGACGGAGAGGACAGCUACGGGAAGUUCCUCCAGCGGGAGAUCUCCCAGAUCAGCGAGGCCUUCUCCAGCGUGGACAAGUCUCUGCUAGAGCUGGAGGUGAAGUUCAAGCAGAGCCAGGAGACGGAGCUGAGAGAGGAGCAGCAGUUGAACGGAUACGUGGUGCAACAAGUGAGCGACAUCAGAGGCGCGCUGAGAGAAACCACCGACAUCUCCCUGGGACUCCGAGACAGACACGAGCUGCUGUCCCUCAUCAUCCGCAGCCAUGGAACCAGGCUGAGCCGCCUGAAGACAGAGUUCCUAACUGUGGACUCCUAGAAGGAUGUGCCAGAGGACCCUCCAGCUCAUUAGAAACUGGAAUGUUCAUAAAUAUCUAAGUUUAUAUUAUUAUUUUUAAAUAUUUUGAUCUUUGCUGGCUCCCAAACCUUGGAGCUGACUGAAGGGAACUCCGGCAAACUAUCAGCACCGCCUUCCAAGUCAGAGGGUUAAAAGCAAUAUAAGCAUAAAUUAUGUCUUCAAACAGGUCUGCUCCAAAAGACUAAAAAAAAAUAACCAAAAAGGGAUUGAUUUUUUAAUGUUUUUAAGUGUUUUUUUUUUGGCUGGCGUCCAGAAAACAUUCAUUCUGUAUGUUGUGAUUACGCUGUUAACAGCUCACCAAAUAAAUAUGCUUCACAAAUUUUCCCUUUUCUGUCAAACGGAUGAAACAUUAUCGUUCCAAAUGCAUUUGUUCCCACAGGUCAUGUAGAGUUGGCCCUCAGCUGAGACAUGUGGGCAUCUGCAGCAUGUCUCUCUACCUUCUACUGCCAUCUGGAAGACAUCUGUUUGUUCAAAGGCAGCCACUGUCACCAUUAUCUUUAUCUGUCACAGCCUGCAAAGCUGGAUCUGAUUGACUCAUUAUUGCAGCAUAAACACCUUGCUUUGUUCUUUA